AUGGUCUACAGACGUCCCUAUUCACGACGAGGAGGCUCCCGAGGUGGGUAUCGUGGAUCGAUCGGCGGCAACGAUUAUGUACCUUUGCUGUUCCUGUUCCGACAGUCCGAACAACUUAUGAUUUCACUUUGGACGGAAAAAACUUCGGCGGAACCAAAAACACCACGGACACGGUGUUCGAAAAGGUUUUACCAGGCCGGUUUCGUUCUUCCAGUUGCAAUUAUUAUUUUAGGAAAUUCUCGACCGCGCCGCGAACCUCACGCCUCCAAUGGACAUUCGAAACCGAAUAAAUCAGUACGCGAGGAAAGUUAUAAAUGCACUUGAAGCGGAGAAAACCGAGAAAUCAUUGCCGAACGUGGCCGUCGAGCGCAUCAAGCAUGUCGGAUCGUUCGUUACGGAUACAUGCACCCAUUCAAGCGACAAAAGUGAUAUCGUUGUGGAGCUGAACUCACUUCCAUCGUGUAAGUAUUUAAUACAAUGGGUAUCUUUGAAAUUCGCACGAUUACAGUUGAAACAAUGUCCGAACUCGGAGAAAAAGUGGUGGAGAACAUGAAAAAGGCAGACGAGAAGGAUACAAGCGUGGCGCUCGCCCAGAGCUACGGAUGCAGCAUAAUGGCUCACAAUUGUCAAGUUCGCAUACUUGUCACUAUCAAUGCGAGCGAUUCGAACAAAUUGGAACCAGACCUUCAUUGUGAGUUCCGAGUCCGAGUCCUUUCUCGACUUUCUCUUUCUAGUAACAAAAUAUUUUCAGUAGAGAAGCUGCAAUUAAUGAAAAAUUCGUUCGCUGUCGGUCACACCUGCUGGUUCCUCGAUCUCAUCAAUUCGUCGCCGCCUGACUUUGUUCAGGAGUACCAGGCUCUGGUUCGAGUGCUCAAAGACGUCCGUGCCCGUUUCAUCGCCUUCCAGAAUCUUUCCAUUUGGGCUCUCCAAUAUCUCGCGUUUUACUCUCUCAGCAACGGUCCGAAUCGCGAAAAAAUCAGUCUUGGCACGGCUUUCCGCCGCUUUUUCGAGCUCAUCGCCGCUGGACUGUUCGUCCCGAAGGCGCCCGUCUUGAUCGAUCCGACCUGUCCAAUGCGCAUAGGAUUUGAUUUGACUCCCGCUCAAAUGGACGCGCUCUGCAUCAGUGCUCAGACUGUCAUCCGCAUCUUCGCCACCGGAAACGACGGCUAUCGGGCUGUACUCGGCACGCAGGGAUCCGCUCAGGAUCUGACCCAAGCGACCACGACGUGGAAAGGCGUCGAGAUCCGCCCGAGCAUCGAAGCGUACAAAGAAGGAUGCAUGGGCAUCAAGUAUGCUCCGCUCAGAUCAUAA